CCACCAUUGUCACCCUCACCUUGUCCCGAGUUAUGUUGCCAGCGGUCACUGUAAAUCGUAUUUCAGAUUUUGAUUGCAUCCGAGGUUGAAUUGCAACGCGGGUGACACAAUCUUCGGGCGCAAGUUAGAGACCUGCCCAUCCAAAUACGGCGGACUAAAAAUGCCUCCAAACUUAAAUUGGUUGGAAAAAGAACUCCGGUGAAGUUAUAGCAAAAGUGAGGGUUGCUGCCGCAGACCAGCACCCUCCCCUCGCGAAGCAAGAUGGUGGCUGUGGAGUGCUACAUGUGGGAAAUGGUUGACGGCUUCUGCGUCUCGAAUAGAUUGAUAACUGGAGUCAAAAAGGGGGUCCCGCCCGAGUCUCCACUUCUUCCUCUGUCGACAGAAUAGAGAGGAAGAUAGUAGGAUUAAAAAAUAAAAUUGGAAAGAGAGUGGAAAACAGAGGGAGGCUUACGGACUUGAGGAAGAAAAAAAAAAAUUGAAAGGAAAGUGGAAAAUCGGGGAAGCAGAGCUGAGCAGAAAAAGGGAGACAAGUGGAGGUUGAGAGAACAAGUACUGAAAAGCUAAACGACAUCGUUUCACUUGGUUGGUUUCAUCAGUGCGAGUCAGAGAAUGGAAGGAAAACGAAGCAUCGUUUUAUAAACCCCAAAAAUCAAAAUAAAACUAAGAGGCCUCAUCUCACUCUCCCACCCAACCAGGGUUUUUAACUCGUCUUCCCCUUCUCUUCCUUUCAACAAAAUUAGAGGCUUCUCCUCUUUUCCCUUGUUUGAAAGAUGCCAUCUGAGGAUUCAAAGCCGGUGAAGAAGGAAGAUGCCGGGCACGAUGAAGCUGACAAUAAGUGCUUGAGCUCCAUUAUCAAGAAGAAAUCCGCCAACAAUGCCGCUCCUUCUAUCGGCAAAUCUCGUCCCAAACAACCUCUCAAGAUAAAGAAAGAAGAGCCUCAAUCUGAUGAUUAUUUUAACAAGCCUAUUAAACCCGUUUCCUCUUCCUCUCGCUCCAAGGAGCGCAGCGUUGUCGAUGAAGAUGAUGUCAAGCCUAUCACUAAGAGGAAUUCCGAUAAGAAAGAGCUGAAAAAGAAGAAGGGUGAAGAGAAGAAAGCAGCGGUUUCCAAGGCUGAGCAGAAUGGCAAUAAAAAGGAAAGGAAAGUAUAUGAUUUGCCUGGUCAAAAAAGAGACCCCCCGGAGGAGAGAGAUCCACUGAGGAUUUUUUACGAGACACUGUAUCAGCAAGUUCCUCACAGUGAAAUGGCACAAUUCUGGUGAGACAUUUGCUCCAAUCGUGUCAAUUGUUUUAUCAUGUUACACUUUUGUGCUCAGGUCUCGUUUAUGUUUAAAUUGUUCAGCUCUAAUUUGUUCAUUGGAAGUUUCAUAUUUUGUUCUUAUUGUGAAUGACAAGAGCUCAAGUGUCCAUUGUCCAAUGCUUGCUAGUUUACUUCUAUGAUGAGCCAAAAAUGGGUUAGCUUGCACGUAAUCUUUUUCCCUUGCAUCUCCAUGUUUUGAUAUUCAUGUUGGUUACUACUGUCGGCGCACUUUACCUUUCUUGAAUAAGGACUAGUAGUCCGUUUAUCUUUUUAUAUGUUAUUCUUAACUUAACUGUUUCUGGUACGUUGGCAGAUUUCGUGUUGUCUGAAUGUAAAAUCUAUUUAUAGUUGAAAAAGGAAUGUUCUUCAGAAACAAAGUUGGAUUGAUAACCAAGCACUAAAUUAAUAACUGGUCAUCUUUAAGGGUAGUUAGUGGCAAACCUUAUCCUGAAAACAGGUUGGAUUGAUUACCAAUUUUUGAGUUAAUCACAAGUCAUCUCUCCCUUGAUUGCCUUUGUAUGGACAUCAAAGUCUUUGCAGUCAAGGUCCUUGGCAGCAAAUAAGGCCUGCCUCACUAAUAAGAUUUUGUUUGGCAUCUAUAUCCCCACGAACCACCAAAUGUAACUCUCAAUUGGCAUGAAUGUAUUUUAUAUGAUCCCUCAAUCCAUUAUUGCACAGCGCAAGCGUUUUCCUAAACAUGAAGUUUAAAGUUGUUGUUACAAACGUGGCCCUAUUUUCUUGAGGUCAGAAUUGGAUUAGAAUGCUAACUUCAGCAGAAUUUAAUGUUUUGAAGGCUGAUCGUUUACGCUUUUCAUCAAUAUGUUUGAGAUAAAUCCACCUCCAAGUUUUUGGUUGAGCUGAAUCAUCUAUUUGUUGAGUAUAUAUAGUUUGACUAUCUGACUG